AUGCCGGAUAGCAACAAGGGGCACCGGCGACCGCCUCCACCCGCCCACCGGCGCUCCCGCUUCCCGUGUGGCGGCCACCGGGAAAAACCAAGGCUAGCGCACGGCCGGAUACGCACACGUGUCGGUGGCUUCGCCACGCAUGGGAAGGGAUCUGGACUUGGGAGCUCCGUACCCGAAGCCGCCAAAUAGAACGCCAAAAAGAAAGGGUUCUUCGUUCCCUCCUCCUAUUUCUCCUUCUUCAGAGAUGAUGAUGAGAAGUUAAAAAUAAAUAAAGGAAGCAAAGCGAGAGGGAGGGAGGGAGAAAAGAGAUUGAAAAAAAAAAAACAAAGAAGAGCAAGUGUGGGAGAGAAGCUUCCGGUGAUUCCCUUCGCUUCUUGUUUUCUUUUUUUUCACCGGGAUGAUGGGUUUGGCUGCGAGAGAGAUCGGAAUCCCACCGCCUGUACCAAAUGAUGAAUGAGUUUAGGAUUUCAAGGUUUGGCUGCGAGAGAGAUCGGAAUCCCACCCCUGGUACCAAAUGAUGCAUAAGUUUUAAUUUCUAGAUAGUGUUCCUCAAAUGCUCAACUGUUUCUUAAAAUGAAGCCAAAAGCAACCGGGGCCAUACAAAGAGCUCAAAAGGUGAAGCAUAUGCAAGGGGGAGGACCAAAUUGGGUCAUAAUUGCAGGUGGUGCCUUGCUUAGCACACUAUCAAUCAGGUUCGGCUGCAAGCUGAAGCAGAUCUUUGAGAUUAAGCAGUCAAAGAAUUUCAAUAAUGCAAAAGAGAAUGGAAAAUUUGCAGCCAAAAGAACACCAGGAGCUUGCCAUUUGCAUUCAAAGUUGUAUUGCCAUACUCAGGAUGAGGAUGGAUGCUACCACUGCCUCUCAGGGAUCUCAGAUGGUGCACUGGAUACUAAGCAGCCACCUGCUAGUCCAUUGUCAAAUAACACGGAUGUUUCCCUCCCACUAGUAAAGAUCCCUGCAGCAGAUUCAAAUAAAGAUGGUAGCGGGGUUAUGUGGGCAUCUUCACCUGAUCGUCUAGAGCUGCCUCAGAGGCCCUUCCACCACUCAAACAGUUCAGAAUCUCCUUGCGUCUCAGAAUCUGGAUCGGACAUCUACAGCAAACGAGAAGUGAUACAAAAGCUACGGCAGCAGCUCAAGAGACGGGAUGAAAUGAUAAUGGAGAUGCAGGCCCAGAUCAUGGACCUACAGAAUUCUCUCAGCAUCCAAAUGACCCACUCGAUGGAUUUGCAGUCUCAGCUUGAAUCCGCAAACAGGGACCUGUUUGAUGCAGAAAGAGAGAUCCAACGGCUAAGAAAGGCGAUUGCUGAUCACUGUGUUUCAGAGGCACGCACUCUGGAAAAACCUGUGACCACCAGAAGUUGGCGGUCAGAGGCUAUCAAUGGGCAGGUUAAUGGAUAUCUUGACAGCAUGGGUGAUGUGGAGGUGCAAUGUUUUGGUGGGGAGAUUGUGAGAGAUGAUGUAGAGAGGGUUGAGAUGCUCAAGAUGGAGGUUGGAGAACUAAAAGAAGUGAUUGAAGGGAAGGACUUUUUGCUUCAGAGCUACAAGGAGCAGAAGGUGGAGCUAUGCUCAAAGAUGGAGGAGUUGCAGCUGAGACUAGCAUCUCAGGUGCCUAAUAUCUUGUAAGAUAAUCUACUGAGAUUGCUUUUGAUUCUUGUCUAGGCCUUGGCGUUCUGAUCUUGGUGCUGUUUGCUUCUUUUGUUUGUGCUGCAAGUUUUUGUGUUUGUAUAAUUUCUGUCAUCUUAGCAUCGCACAUGCUUGUCUGAUAUUUUUGCAGAAAAGGAACUAAUCUACCAAAAAAAAAAAAACAGGUAGGACUGACUUGUUUGAGCAUUUUCAUUUAUGAUCUCUUCUUUGGCAGCUCAAAA